AUGUCGCAAAAAGAUAAUGAUGUCAGUUCACGAUUUGGGACUAAAUCGACUCCCCAUAAAAGUAAAGUAGGGAUUAUCAUAAAAGCGGUUAUCAAUAUAAUUAUACCAACCCUCCUUGUUUAUUUCCUUACAAGGCAUACAAGUCUAACACAAAUUGAGGUACUUGUCAUAGCGGGUAUUCCAUCAAUUAUUUUUACCGCCUAUAAUCUUAUCUUUCACAGAAGAGCCGAUUCCUUUGGAAUAAUCCCCAUAUUUGGAUUCAUAUUCGGAAUUAUAUCGGAGAUAAUUGCAAUUUAUACAAAUGAUUAUAAAUUAUUAUUACUAAAAAAAGCAGUGAUCACUUGUGCAUUCGGUUUAAUACUCAUUAUCAGCUUGAUUCCGAUCAAAAUUAGAUCGUUCGAAUUGCGACCCAUAUUCUUUUAUAUCGCUAAAAGUUCAGACCAUGAACUUAAGAGUGAAAAUAAAGAUGAACCUAUUCCUGAGCGUUGGGAAAGAUAUUGGAAAUCUUAUCCCUUGUUUCGGCAAACAUUUAUUGUCUUGACGGCAAUUUGGGGAACCGGACUUCUUAUUGAAGCUAUAGUGCGUGUUAUCAUUAUUUUUAAUACAUCAUUUAAUGAAGCAAAAAUUAUUAGUGAUGCUGCUACCUAUAGUUUGUUGGGAUGCUUAGUUUUAAUUUCAAUAAUUUAUUUAAAACAUGUGAGAAUGAGAGCUAAAAAAUUAAUUGAAGAGCGGAAAAAAGCUGCUGCUGCUGAUGCAACUAAUUCUGCAGUAUGA